AUGGCCGAGGCCGACAAGACGAUAAAGAUAGAACCCGACGCUACGGUGGCCCCAGCACUCUUGGUAAGUCUCCAUUUGACCAGACAUCUGAGCCUUUAUCGGCGUUUUGCUCAUCGUCACCGAAAGGUACUCGCUUCUCAAACACCUAUUUCGAAACCUGCUCUCAACAAUGCUCAAGCGUGGACCGGAGCUACAACGAGCUCAGCAGAGACCAACAGUCAAAACAAAAAUGAAGCGCGAGACACGAGUGAGGUACAUGUCAAGAAAGAGCCCGGCACGGAGAACGAGGCAGACGACGAAAUCGCCGUUCAAAAUGUAGUCGCAGAGGAUCCUCGAAGUAACAGCGACGUAGUCCAACCUCUGCAAGACGUUAAACAGGAACAAAAUGAAAACGAAAAUAUAUCAUCUUCCACUGUGACCAAGAAUGUGACUGACUCUCGGCCAAGAACAACGCUAGAGAAUGUCGCCUUGUCUAGCGCAGAUGGAGAACAAGUUGGCAUUAAUAACAAAUACCAACAAAACGAGGAAGAUGACGACCUCGACAGCGAAGAAUCUAGCGAUACUGAGCUGGAGGAUGAAAAUGACAGUGAUUUUGACUGCUCAGAAGAUGAAGACAGAAUCACAACCAAAGUUACCAAAACUGCGGCCGAGGAGCCCUCACGAAAGCGAGCCGCGCCAGCAAAAACUGCUCGUGAGUUCAUUGCCAGGCUCCAUAAGAAGCAAGAUGAAGCGGCUCAAAAGAAACAAAAGAAGAGACGAAAUAAACGAAAGGCAGAAGCUACCGAUGGAGAAGCAUCUAAGCGAUCGAAAACAACCAACACUAGUUCUGGAUCGAAUAUAUUUGCCAGCCUCACACACCAAGUGGUUGGUGGAUUUGAUGGCGAUGAGCCGCCAGUUUCAAUGCCAGAGAUUGAUGCGAAUACGCACCAGAAACAGUUUGCCUUAUUAAGAGAUAGUAUUCCGAAGGGAGCAGACACUCGUCGAACCAAGACCCAGAAUCGGGAUCUCAGGGAAGCGGUAAAGCUGUUCGGAUACAGGAAAGUGAAAGCAAUGUCUGGAAAUUGGCUGCUACAGGGGAUGGAAACUGCUCUUUACGGAUAUCAACUAACCGCAGCAGCUUGGAUGGUCAAAAGAGAGUGCGCUAGAGCGCAGCCAUUUGGCGGAUUGAUUGCUGAUGAAAUGGGGAUUGGCAAAACUAUUACAAGCCUGGCUUGUGUGGUAGGGAAUCCCCCGGAAGCUGAAGACUUGGAAACUUACACCAAGGGCACAUUGGUCAUUGUACCAAACUUUGACAUUGCGCACCAAUGGCUGAAGGAGGUCAAGAAGCAUUGUAGCGAUGACAUCAGAAAGUUUGCUAUGAUACAUCAGUCAAAAAAUCAUGCACCAGCCGCAUCAUACAAAAAUCUAAUGAUAGUUAUUACAACAACGAAAGAAGUCCAAGGGUACUUUCGAAGAUGUCAAAGUGGCGACGAGCGCGAAGACGAAAUACUUGGUUUAAAUUGGUACAGGAUCAUUUUAGACGAGGCGCAUAGCAUCAAGAACUUGAAGAGUCUCAGUAAGCUGCCCCUUUAA